CAGGCACCUCAGGCUCAACCGCCUGCUCGCCCGCCCGCCCGGCGCCCGCCCGCCCGGCAUGUCCCACACCGCCGGGGACGCGCCCAUCUCGGCCGUGGUGGACCGAAUCCGCCAGCACCUGCUGAAUGUACAGCUGCAGUAUGCCCCGCCGGCGGUGCCGGUGGCCCCCGGGCCGGUGCCCUUCGAUGAUGCGCCGGACCUGCUGCAGCAGCGACCGCCCCCGGGGCCGGGGGCCGGGGCCGCGUGGCCCGAAGCACACGGCGCCCCCCGGCCGGCGGCCACCGGCACCACCGGCACCACCGCCGACGACCCCGAUGGACACUGGGCCGCGGUGGCCCGCUUCGACGAGCAACAGCGCCGGCAGGACCUCUUGAAGGCCCGACUGGCUGCGGCCUCGGCCGGCGCGGCCGCGGCCGGCGCGGCCCCGGCACCCACAGUGCCCGAAGCCCGGACGCCCUCGCCCCAGAGCACCCACCUGCAGGCCCAGCAGCAGUGGCAGCAGCGCCAGCAGGCGGCCGGCCUGUGGCCCCCGACCCCGGGGCUCUUCAGCCGGAGCUCCGGCACCACGUUCGACACGCACGCGACGUCCCUGUCGCCGGGGGCGCCAUCGUCGCCCGGGCUCGCCGGCGACCCGUGGUCUCGGUGGCCGGCGGCCGACCCCCCUCGCCGGGCUGCCGCCGCCGCCGCGGCAGAUGCGCGGAGCCACUGGCCGCCGGGGUCUGGCCCCACUGCCGGGGCCACGGCUGCCCCGGCCGCCGGCGACCCGUGGUCCCAGUGGCCGCUGGCCGGGCCGGCGACACCGGCCCCGGGGCCCAUGCCCCCGGCCGAGGCCAUGCUCCUGCAGGGGAUCCAUCUUGACCCUCGGCCGGGGUUCAGCACCCGCAUGGAGGAUUAUCACAUCGGGCCCCAGCUGGGCGCCGGGACAUUUGCCACGGUCUACCGGGCCACCAUGCGCACUGGGCAGGUGGUCGCCCUCAAGGCGAUCAACAAACACCACAUGAUCGAGAACUUCGGCCUCAAGGUGGCCAUUCGCCGGGUCCAGGGCGAAGUGCUGAUCCACUCGUCCCUCCGGGCGUCGCCCUACAUCGUGCAGCUCCUGGCCGCCUUCGAAACCCGCCACGAGGUGAUCCUGGUGAUGGAGCUCUGCCAGGGCGGCACAUUGCUGGAGUACUUCCGGACGCGGACGCGCAUCCUGCGCGACGCCGGCUCCAGCCAGGCUGGCGGCCUGCCGGAGCGCGAGGUCCGGGGGAUUUUCUCCCAGAUCGCCAAGGGCCUCUUCCAGCUCCAUGCCUCGAGCACCAUGCACCGGGAUCUGAAGCUGGCCAACAUUCUGCUGGCGGACCCGGUGGACCCGGCCCAGCCGAGCCCGGCCCCGCGCGUGAAAAUCGCGGACUUCGGCCUGGCCGCCCGCCUGGGAUCGGACCCGCUCGGCUCGACGCACAGCCCGGUGCGCGGCGUCCCGGUGCCCGGGGACCCCCGGUGGGCGUGGGACCCGCUGGGCACCCCGAGCGGGCGUCUGGCCGCCCCGGCCAGUGUGUAUGCCCUGUCACCGGGCGGCGUCACCGAGCAGCGGACCGUCUGCGGGACUCCCAACUACCUGUCGCCGGAGAUCGUCGACCAGCGGCCGUACAGCCUGCCGGCCGAUGUCUGGGCACUCGGCUGCAUCUUGUACCACCUGUGCGUUGGGCAUGCGCCGUUUGAGCGGCCACGCGGCGGCCUGGGCGCAUCCGCGGGCACGGGCUCCGGCGGGGGGCAUGGCACGGCCGGCCGGCCGGCCGGCGACAUGGUCGGCACCUUCCGGCGCAUCUCCGACGGGAACUACGCCCGCCUGGACCCGACGCGCUUCAGCUUGGAAGCGUGCGACUUGCUGGACUCGAUGCUGGACAUGGUCCCCACACGGCGGCCCUCUGCCGGGGAGGUUUGCUCGCAUCCCUUUGUCCAGCGGUCGCUCGAGCCGGCCACCGACGACUAUGUCCCCCCGGCGCCGGAGCUCCUGAACACCAUGGCCCCGUCGCACUAUGCGCCGGCCUAUGCGCCGGCCUAUGCGUCGCCGCCGUCCCAGCAGCAGCCGCAGCCGCAGCCGCAGCCGCAGCAGCAGCAGCCGGCGUACGCGUACCCGGCGCUGGAGGCCUGGCCGGCGACCGGCGCGCGGCCCUCCCCCUCGCCGCCGGACCCGCUGCCGGACGAGGAAGACCCACUGAACAUCGACCUCACCGGGCUGCCCCUCGGGCGGCGGUACUUCACGGCCUCGGUCCCACGCCGGGGGCUCCCGAUGGGGGGAGGCCCGGCCGGGCCCGGCGGCGGGACUGGCGGCAAUCCCGGCCCCGGCAACACCAACAGCAAUGGCUACGUGGACAUCGUGGCGCACGCGUCCUCGGUCACCGGGUCCGUGGCGUGGCUCUUCGUGCCGGGGGACAAUUUUGUGGUGUGCUUCGAGCCGCCACCGCGAGCGGUGGCCCCGCUGCUCCCCUCGGCCCCGGGCGCGACCGAUGGCAUUUCACCGAAGCAGCUCCGCGAGUUGACCCUCGUGCACUUUGUCCUGCGGCCGGAGGCGGCCGCGUCGACGGCCCCGGCCACCCGGGGCACCGGCCUGGAGGAUGGCCGGCGAGCCAUCUACACCCUGCCGGCGGUGCCGAAGCGGCUGAUGCGCCGGCUGGCGGUGCUGGCGCGGGUGCUGCGCGUGUUGCGCCGGGCCCAGGCGGCGGAGGCGGCCGCUGGCGCUGGCGCCGGCGCUGCCACGGCCCCGGGCCCCCCCGGGUCCGGGGCCGCGGAUCCCAUGCUGUGCUUCGUGCCCGGGGUCGGGUGGCUGGUGGCCGAUGGCAGCCCGCCAACGCGCGGGCCGCACGGGCUCCUGUCACAAACCCUCCGACUGCUGGAGGUCAGCGGCCAGCGCCUGGCGGCGCAUGCAUCCGUCCCGGAGGAGUCCCUGGUCCUGCGGGACUCCGGCCUGCAGGUGGACCCGUCGGCCGUGCGGGUCUUCCUCCGGUCUGACAGCACCCAGUGGACGCCGGCCUGUGGGCAGGUCCAUGCGGCGGUGGCCCGGCUGAUUAGCGAGGGCCGGCUGCUGCCGCGGCGGCUGCCGGCGCCCGGGCCCCAUGGGAGAGGCCCUGGCCGGUGAGGCACAUGGGGCCCCGGCUGGUGGGUCGGUGGGUCGGUCGGCCGGUCGGUCGGUGGGUCGGUCGGCCGGCCGGCCGGCAGGCCCCCCGGGACAAUACAGCGCCGGUGUGCCCGGUCGUUUGGAA